AUGGACUACUCCUACCUCAACUCCUACGAGUCCUGCGUGGCCGCCAUGGAGGCGAGCUACGAGUUCAGCCCCUGCAGCCAGGCGGGCUCCUUCCAGUACAGCCCCAUGCGGGGGGGAUUCGGGCCUGCGCCCGCCUGCGCACCCCUCGCCUCCGCCAGCUGUGCCCUGGGCGCCCUCCGCGACCACCAGCCCUCGCCCUACUCGGCAGUUCCCUACAAAUUCUUCUCGGACCCGUCGGGGAUCAACGAGAAGCGGAAGCAGCGGCGGAUCCGGACAACAUUCACCAGCUCGCAGCUGAAGGAGCUGGAGAGGGUCUUUGCCGAGACCCACUAUCCCGACAUCUACACCCGCGAGGAGCUGGCCCUCAAGAUCGACCUCACCGAGGCCCGGGUGCAGGUGUGGUUCCAGAACCGUCGAGCCAAAUUCCGCAAGCAGGAGCGUGCGGCCAAUGCCAAAGGUGCCAGCGGCACCAGCAGCACCGGGAAGAAGUCGGAGCCGCGCUCCUCCUCCGAAGACGACGAAUCCAAGGAAUCCAACUGCAGCCCGACCCCAGACAGCACGGCAUCCCUGCCCGCCGCUGCCAUCGGCAGCCCCGGCGGCAGCCUGAGCCCCAGCCCCGGCGCAGGGGCACCCCUGGGACCCGGCCAUGCCCCCCAGCCCCUCAAGGCACCCCUCUGGGCAGGGGUGGGGGGCGGCAGCGGUGCCCCCAACACGGCCGAGCUGCUGAAGGCCUGGCAGCCCACCGAGGCUGUGCCGGGACCCUUCUCCGGCGUCCUCUCCUCCUUCCAUCGGAAACCAAACGGCAUCAAGACAAACCUCUUCUGA